CCUGUAUCACAUUAUCCUCCUUUGUCUCAAUUAAUGGAUCCAUUUCGAAGGAAGUCGACCGCCUGCGGUGCACGCGCCAAAUCCACUAAACGUGAUAUAGGCCUAAUUAAACAUCUAAGCUACAAUUUAACAAUUUUAUUUCUUUAAUCGACACAUAUAAGUCUUGUUUACAGCAUAGCAUUGCGGAUAAACACUAACUUCCUCUCAGGGUCUCUCAAUCAGACCACCAGUCCAGUUCGCACCUUGUUAACACCGCCAUUAGAUUUGCUUUACAUUCGCUGAUUGCGGAUUUACAUUUGCGACUAAAUAGGAACUCUUCACGACUGUUGACCGAAGACUCAGCCAACAUCAUAUAAAGCCCUGCCAAACUUCAUUCAGUCCAGCUCCAGCAGCCACAGACAGAGCAUCAUCUCUCGAGGAGCAGGUACUAUGUUGCGCGCAGUGAUCUGGAUCUGUGUGAUGGGGCUCUGCAUCUGUAGACCGUCUGUGAAUCAGCUGGACACUGAGGGUGCAGAAGUGCGCUCGGAGGCCAUCAGGAGGCUCCUGGAGGUGUUUGGGAUGGAGGAUCCUCCUGCUGCUCUGGCUCGGGGACACAAACAGCCUCCUCAGUACAUGCUGGACCUGUACAACACCAUCGCGGAUGUGGACGGAGUCACCAAAGACCCGACGCUCCUGGAGGGAAACACCGUCCGGAGUUUCUUCGAUAAACUGCAUAGUGACCAAAUCGAGUUCCUCUUCAACCUGUCCACGGUGGCCAAGAGUGAGAAGAUCCUCACGGCCGAGCUUCAUCUGUUCAAGCUCAGACCUCAAGCGUCGCUCACCUUCAACAGACAUCACUUCUGUCAGGUCAGUGUCUAUCAGGUUCUCGAUAGCAGCAAGAAGAACGUCUCACAAGGGAAGAAGCUGCUCUCGUCCAGACUGGUACCCAUCCACUCCAGCGGCUGGGAGGUGUUCACCAUCACUCAAGCUGCGCGCUCCUGGAUGUCAGAUGAGGGCAGUCAUCUGGGGCUCCUGGUCUCAGUCAGGACUUUAGCAGGUCUUCAGAUGGACCUGAAAACCGUGCGUUUCGCAUCGGGUCGAAACCACCAUCAGAGUAAACAGCCCAUGCUGGUCCUCUUCACCGACGACGGCAGACGGGCCGCUUCUCUGGAGAUCACGCCUAAAGGUUCAGAUGAUUCUCCGGUUGGCCCAAGUCUCCCGUUUCCCAGCCUCCCUCUCUCAGCUACGGCUAGUCGCAGCGCUCGCUCCAUAGACUAUGAUGAGAGCGGGGAGAAGAUGCCGUGUCAGCGUCUGCCGCUCUAUGUGGACUUCGAGGAGAUCGGCUGGUCCGGCUGGAUCGUGUCUCCUCGCGGAUACAACGCUUACCACUGCAAAGGCUCCUGUCCGUUUCCUCUGGGUCAGAACAUGAGGCCCACCAACCACGCCACGGUCCAGUCCAUCAUCAACGCCCUCAAACUGACCAAAGGGAUCCAGACGCCCUGCUGCGUGCCGGACAAGCUCUUCAGCAUUAACCUGCUGUACUUUGACGACGAUGAGAACGUGGUUCUGAAGCAGUAUGAUGACAUGGUGGCCGGCAGCUGCGGCUGUCACUGACCAACCUCAUUCAUCUCUGACCUGAAAUCUGGACUGGAUCACGCUGUAAAUAAUGUACAUAGAGAUCAGAUUUUAAUAUAUGAAGGAGCUUGGGUUGGUCGCUUGUGAAAGAUGUAGAUUUGUAUAUUGCUUGUUGUGAACUAUUAAAAAGUCUAAAUAAAUUCUUACACACAAAAUAAUAGAAA